AUGACCACCAAAGUGCAGACACUCUCCACUGCAAACGAGCCAGAUGAAGAGCCUGCAGUUUCAACAGCAAAGACCAAUGGUUUAAUCCCAGACAAUCCUGAAAAAGAAGUUGUCGUCACCUUUGCAGAUGAAACAAGUUCGAGUGCUUUGUACCAGUCGGUCUCGUCUUUUGAAGACCUUGGUCUGCAUGAGAAUCUUCUCAAGGGCAUUUAUGGUAUGGGAUACCAGCGACCAUCCAAGAUUCAAGCUAAAGCACUUCCUCUUCUGCUCAUGAAUCCACCAAAAAACAUGAUUGGCCAAUCUCAGGCUGGAACAGGCAAGACGGCUGCAUUCGUUCUUACUAUGCUCACUCGAGUCGAUCCCAGCAUUCAAGCACCUCAGGCUAUUUGUCUUGCUCCAGCUCGUGAACUUGCUCGACAGAUUCUAGACAAUGCUCGGGAGAUGGGAAAGUAUACCACCAUCACAACAUCGCAUGCCAUCAAGGAUUCAAUUAAAAAGGACGAAAAAGUCACCUCCCAAAUCAUUAUUGGUACUCCUGGUACAGUUGCUGAUUUGAUCAAGCGUCGUGCGCUGGAUUGCCGUCAGAUCAAAAUCUUUGUGCUAGAUGAAGCUGACAACAUGCUGGAUCAACAAGGACUGGGAGAUCAAUCAAUCCGUGUUAAAAAUCUUAUGCCAAAAGGAUGCCAGCUGGUAUUGUUUUCAGCCACGUUUUCGGAAACUGUUCGUCAGUUUGCAGUUAAAUUCGCUCCCAAUGCAAAUUCCAUUUCGUUGCGCCAAGAAGAACUUUCCGUUGACUCAAUCAAGCAGUUUUACAUGGACUGCAAGAGUGAAGAGCAUAAAGCAGAAGUUUUAUGUGCCAUUUAUGGUCUCUUGACUAUUGGCCAAAGUAUUAUUUUUGUUAGGAAAAGAAGUGAUGCCGAUAUGCUUAAAAACAAAAUGAUAUCUCAAGGACAUGCCGUGUCAGCAUUGCAUGGUAAACACGAGGCUGAAGAUCGAGAUAAAGCCAUGGACGAUUUUCGAGAAGGCCGAUCCAAGGUACUCAUCACAACCAAUGUACUGGCACGAGGUAUCGAUAUUUUGCAAGUCAAUCUUGUCAUCAAUUACGAUGUUCCUCUAGAUAUGAACAACAGACCAGAUUCAGAGACAUAUCUACAUCGUAUUGGUCGUACCGGACGGUUUGGUCGUCAGGGAGUCAGUAUCAACUUUGUGCACAACGACAAGUCGUACGAGGAGAUGAAAGUGAUUGAAAAGUAUUUGGGACGAGAGAUUGUACGAGUACCGACAGAUGACUAUAUGAGUAUUGAAAAGAUUUUGAAAAAAGCAAUGAAAUAA